AGCAGCAGCUGAAGUUAAUAAGCUGCCGAACCAGGGGCAAGGAGGAUAGUGGCAAUUACACAGCAAACUGUGAAACAGUGUUUCUCCUUUGAUACUUCCAAAAUGAAAAUUGAUAUUCAUAGCCACAUUCUACCUAAGGAAUGGCCUGACCUGAAAAAGAGAUAUGGAUAUGGUGGAUGGGUACAGCUGGAUCAUCACUGCAAGGGACAGGCAAAGAUGAUGAAGGAUGGAAAGAUCUUUAGAGUUAUUCAAGAGAACUGCUGGGAUCCAGUAGUGCGGAUUAAAGAGAUGAACCUAUCAGGAGUUACAGUCCAAGUCCUUUCCACUGUCCCUGUGAUGUUCAGUUACUGGGCGAAACCUCAGGAUACUUUAGAUCUAUCCCAGAUGUUGAAUAAUGACUUAGCUGAUACAGUAAGAAAGUACCCCAAGAGGUUCAUAGGCUUGGGUACGUUACCUCUGCAAGCUCCAGACCUGGCUGUGAGGGAAAUGCAUCGGUGUGUGAAGGAACUUGGAUUUCCAGGAGUACAAAUAGGAUCUCAUGUCAAUGAGUGGGACCUGAAUGCACCAGAACUCUAUGAUAUUUAUGCUGCCGCUGAACAACUAAAUUGCUGCCUUUUUGUACACCCCUGGGACAUGCAGCAGGACGGAAGGAUGUCCAAAUACUGGUUUCCUUGGCUGAUAGGUAUGCCAGCAGAAACAACCAUGGCCAUUUGCUCCAUGAUUAUGGGAGGAAUUUUUGAAAGAUUUCCGAAGCUGAAAGUUUGCUUUGCACAUGGAGGAGGUACUUUUCCAUACACAGUAGGGCGAAUCUCCCAUGGAUUCAACAUGCGCCCCGAUCUGUGUGCCAUGGAUAAUAAGGUGGAUCCAAGAAAAUACCUCGGUUCAUUUUACACAGACUCUCUAGUCCACGAUCGUGGUGCACUAAGGCUCCUAACAAGUGCAAUAGGAGAGAACCACGUAUUUUAUGCCAAUUUUUCACAUGAACGAGCACACAGCAUACAAAUAUCUGAACACAACACAUGCAACCAUCUGUCUUCGGAGGGAAGAAGACUUGGUUGCAUAGCUAACACACUAGGAGUGUUGCUCAUCUGCAGAGACUUAGAGGACUUCUCUAAGGCCAGCUGGAUAAAGACAAGGAUUGCAAUUCUCAUUUCUAUAGGUGGGUACAAACUGAUGCUCAGAUUGUAAAGAGCCUAAUAAAUAGCAGCAAUAAUGCUGCUUCUAGGUUUUCUCAUUAUUUGACAGCUCUUAAUUUUGCUGCCUACGAAUAGACCGCAUUAUUAGGCGUGAAACACUUUAAACUAGAGGAAAAAGGAAAAAAUGACUAAAGUAACAUAUGCAGAUUGUGCCAAUGAGGGGGUGGGAUCUCUGUCUUUGAACCUUAGACAAGAAUUCACAAGCCUUUCCAGCCUACUUAAUCUUAACUAUUAAGCAUCUGGGAAGGUAUUGGGUUUUCUUCUCCUUUACUAAGAAAUCCAUUAUCUAUUCUAAAGCUGUAAUGCUUAUUGAUUUGGUUUGGUUUUGAACGAUGGCAUAUGUUGGUAUUUCAAAUGUUCAGGAAAUACCCCGGUGUCCAACUGAACAUUGUAAAUAAAAGGUAUUUAGCUGUUCAACUGUACACACAUCCAAAUACAUUUCAUGUAAUCUGCACUCAGUCUGAUGCAGAAGACAGAGGGCCAUAAACCCCCCGUUCUAAUCUGAUGGCGACACUUUUGUAAUAAAGUAUAAUACAACCACAUAGAACAGAACAAUAGAAUUCGUGUCUACACUGAGCAUCGCCUAGGCUUUGUGGGGGGUUUUCGGGUGACAUCUACUGGAGAUCAAGUAAAUAGCCAGCAAUUGUCAAAAUUAGUUACUACAAUAACUGAAAUAUUCUUUCAGUAAUAGUAACUGAGUUCAAAUACUGCCGUGAGCCCCUCAGAAUUCAUGAGUUUGACUUCAAAUUCAUGAGACAUUUCAAAACAGAUAUUUUUAAUGAAAAACGUGGCUUUCAAAUAUUCACGUUGGCAGGAGAUUAAGCUUAAAAGCAAAUAGAGUUCUGAUAAGAUGAAGUGAGUUGGCAAUGUUCACUCCCUAGAGCAGAUGAUAUGAGGAAAAAUCAAUGCAAAGUGGAGCUGAACCUAUCACAAUGUGGAUCCACUGGGGCUCUGUCUAUUUAUUUUCAUCUCUGAUACCAGCAACAAUGCAUGUAGAUUUUUACUCAAUUUUCUUUUCUCCGACUGCUUCUUUCAGAAAUAAAUGAAAUCAUGUCACUCAUAUUCCCAUACAUAUGUUUCAUACAGUUAAUAUCAUAUCCAGUUGUAGCCAAAGGCCACGACACUUAAAAAAACAGAGACUUCUGAAAAAUGUAUAUGAAAUCUGUAAAUGAGAUUUUGGUUUCACUAGCUGGAGCUGAAUGCCAAUUAAAUCUAUGCUUUUAAAAUUUA